AAACCGUACACAGUGCACCCAAUGAUUCCAUUGGCUUAGCCAUAUUUCAUCACCAAAAAGGAAUCUUCACUUUACUACAAAUAUAAAGAUUCACUCAUUCAUUUGUUUGGAUUUGGAGAAAAACAAUCCAAAGAGUAAGUUAUGGCGGCGUGGAAUUCAAUUCCUCUGGAAGUUCUGUACAAUACUUUAGGAUGGAUUGCUUUUUUCUCUUGGUCCAUUAGUUUUUACCCUCAAGUCAUCUUGAAUUUCCGACGCAAAAGUGUGGUGGGAUUGAAUUUCGAUUUCGUGGUAUUGAAUUUGACCAAGCACUCAUCGUAUCUCAUUUAUAAUGCUUCCAUGUUCUUUAGUUCUGCUGUUCAGAUGCAGUAUCGUCAGAAAUAUGGCUAUAAUGAGAUGAUACCUGUGGCUGCCAAUGAUGUUGCUUUCUCAGUCCAUGCUGUUCUAUUGACAGCAUUUACCCUGUUUCAGAUUGCUAUUUAUGAUCGUGGAAACCAGAAGGUUGCAAAGACUUCUAUAGCGAUCGUGUCUGUUGCUUGGUUAACUGUUGCAGUUUGUGUGUUCGUAGCUCUCCCCAGCCAUUCUUGGCUUUGGCUGGUCUCUUGCUUCAACACGUUGCAGGUUGUUAUGACAGUGAUUAAAUACAUUCCUCAGGCUAUUAUGAACUUUCAGCGGAAGAGUACUAUUGGAUUUAGUAUUGGCAACAUUUUGCUGGACUUGCUUGGAGGUUUGACGAAUUAUGGACAGAUGGCAGUGCAAUCCAUAGAUCAAAAUUCCUGGGUGAACUUUUAUGGAAACAUAGGCAAGACUUUAUUAUCACUGAUAUCAAUAUUCUUUGACAUUCUCUUCAUUUUGCAACAUUAUGUGCUCUAUCCUGCUUGGAAGACUGCAACUUCUCGAGAUGUUGAUGUGAUAGGCAAGAAACCAUUGCUUAAAUCUUCCGAUCAUGAAAACAAAGAAGAUGUAUAAUGCAUCAUUCAUAUGAAAAUGUCUCCACUGUAAAAUAGAAAAUAUAUAUUUUAAUCAUGCAUACAGUUACACUGAAAUAGAUGAGCCUAAAUGGAGCGGCAUGGACAAUGAAUUCAUAUAGCCGACCCCAACUUGCUGGUGUUGAGGCAUAUGUAUUGUUGUACACUAGUUAUGAAGUAAAGAAACUUCUUAAGAGAAAAGAAACUGCUUCAGUAACUUUCCUCUUUUGUGAAUAUGUAAGCAUGAAGAAACAAUGUUGGUGACAUGCCUUGCAUGUGUUCUUUGGCUUUUA